AUGUACGUCGAACAACACCCUCUCGACAGCAAACCCUCCAGAAAGGGCAAGGAGCGCGAGCCACCAACUCGCGAUCUCCCAUCCCGCGACCCCCAGCCCACAGAUCUAGACGAGAAACUCACAGCGCUACGCAGGCGCACAGCAGCUAGCACCCGCCCGCGAGACAGAUCAGAACGAGAACGCAUGCAGCUCGUACAACCUAAUCAGCCGCUCUCGGCCCCCAGCGCAACCCAACCCACGCCCUCCUCGUCAUUUCUCGUUCGUCCAGAACGCUCCCCAAAGCUCGCCCCCUCAUCAUCAGCGACGAGGCAACCCCCCUCCUCGCCGCGCCGUGCAUCGCCUCACGUCAUAGUCUCCCGGCCGACACAGGAAGCCGACCAUGAGGACUUCUCCCGCAGCUCAGAAACGAGGCGCAUCCUCAAAACUCUUCAACCCAACCCCAUCCCGCUGCGCCGGACACUUGAGCCUGAGGUCAUGUCUGAUCACACUGGCAGCUCAUACGUCCCCCGUGCAUCUGGCGCUGCCAGCCAUCGAGAGGAGAGGGGUAGCGCUGCUCGCCAGCUCUUUGAUCAUCGCAAAGACGAUCCCGUACGCUUCGCCGUCCUCGCCCGGCCCCAGGUUGGACACGGGCGACCAACACCGACUCCCAAAGCCUCCGCAGAUCAUGUAUCUGCCUCUUCGACAUCAUCGUAUGCCGCCUCCAUUUCCUCCUCGACAUUCACUCUCUCCUCCACGACCGAUGGCUCUUCGGCGUCUUCGGCGUUGUUCGAAGGUCGUCCAAACCAGGGCCAAGGGACGGAAGACUCUGGUAACAACGUCUUCUCAAUUCAACUCAAGAAGCUGUAUCGUGCCAUCUCAAAUCUGGAAACGAAGAUCAAGCAAGAGGAUUCGAUGGAUGAGGCAGAGGACGGUAUGAACAGCAGAGUCAUGUUGAAGGGGAAAGAAGUGGAGAGUGACGAGUUGGAGAGGGAGAGAUGGAGAAAACAGAUCAGCGAUCACAAAGAAUUGGCUGAGAUCAUGCAUAAUCUCCUCGAGAUUUCGCUGGCGCCAUCCGUGCCGGCCUCUCUGCGCAACAUCCCAACAAAGUACAACAUCAUCGUGCGACUCUGGACAUAUGCCUUCCACAAACUUCUCGAAUCACUGCGCCGCGCAUCUUUCACUUCCCCUCUCGCCCUCGAACAUUUACAGGAUUUCAUUUACUACGCAUACACCUUCUACACAGGCCUUCUAGAAGAGCCCACUCUCAAUUCGUUCAAGUCGGGAUGGCUGGAGGCCCUAGGCGACCUCGCGAGGUAUCGGAUGGCCGUAGCUGCCAUGGUAAACGGGGGCGUAGGAGGGCAAGGCGGCCUCACGACGAAGGCCUUAUCCGAAGCGGCCGCCGGGUCCGACAGCAAGCCCUCAGCAGAAAAGGCUGGCUCCAGCGGAUCCAAGUCUCUGAGCGACUAUCCGGCCGCCCGAAUCGAUGACAGCCCCUCGCCAAGCAUUGGGGUCGCAGCCGCUCGUCUGCUGGAGAUCGAGCCAGAGAAGGAGCGCUGGAGGAACAUCGCGCGGGAUUGGUACGGUGCAGGUCUCGCCGAACAGCCCGGCACCGGGAAACUGCAUCACCACCUUGGGCUGUUGUCAAGGGAGGUGGAAGGUGAGGAGUUGCGAGGAGUGUACCACUUUGUGAAGAGUAUGACAACACUCCACCCGUUCCCGACGUCGCGCGAGUCGGUGCUCCCGAUGUGGUCACAGGCCGCCCAGGCGAGGAGGCAGAACCCCGAGGCGCAUGCCUCGGAACUCUUCAUCCUCCUGCACGGCAUGCUGUUCACAAAUAUCCAGCUCGACGACUUCAAGCCCACCCUCGCCCGAUUCAUCGAACGCCUCGAGAUCGAAGGUGCAGAGGAGCGCGUCUGGAUCAUGAUGGCCACCAUCAACGUCUCCGCCGUCCUCGAGUACGGGCGGCCAAGCGGCAUGCUGAGGAAAGUCGGCGGUGUUGGCUCGAAGGACAUCAACGGCCCACAGGCGGCCGCUGCCAUGCGCGUUAUGGCGAAGAAGGCGGCUGCUGGUGUUCCGGGCUCGAUGCCCGUCGAUGAGGAGAGGAUGGAUGUUGACGAGAACGGCGAUAGUGUUAUGAAGUCGCCAACCCUCCCGAGCGCGGAUUCCGAGAAUCUUAACGACGACCUCCCGCCUGCUUUCAAGUUUGCGCUCGAGCUCACCUUCGCCAUGCUCUCCCAUGUCCUGAAGCACCCCACUCGCAAGGCCUCGCAAUAUUCCAGCUCCACGCUCAACCCCUACCUCCCUGUCAUCCUUACCUUCCUCUCCACCGUACUGAAGCACAAACCCACACUCGAGCUUCUCGAGCGCAGCAUCCCCUGGGCAGAGCUUGCCGCCUUCUUCGCCACUGUCCCCCGCAAGAUAAUGAUCUCGCAAGGCCUCAUGAGCCCCCCAGAUCGCCCCAACUCCCAUCGGAACGUCGAGCGCUGGGUGAUGCUUACGAGUGGCUGCCCGCCACCCCUGCCCGAAGACUGGUGUAUGCGUGGUAUGGAGUGGGUCGGACGCAAGGUCUUCGAGCGCGGGUUCUGGAAGAGCGGCGAGGAGCGCAAGGCUGAGCUUGAGGUCCUCCAGACGGUCGAAGGUGGCGAGCUGACAGACGGUCAGAUCGAGGACGACGAUGGCGAGGAGGAUGGAAGGCGGAAAUCGUCCUCGACGUCGUCGGGCAGCGAUCUGGUCAGGCGAUACGUGCGCAUCAUCCGCUGCGCCGUCAACAUUGCAGGCACUGUUGAAGGCUUCAGCUGGACAGAGGGCACGCGCGAGUGGAAGGUCGAGGGCAAGCUCGCGGAAAAGGUAGCGCUGUGGAGGGAGGAAGAGAGGAUUGAGCGAGAGGAGGAGGAGAGGAGGCGGAUGGGCAGGCGGUGGGGUGACGACCCUAUGGAUGUGGAUGAGGAGGAGGAUGAUAGUGUCUCGGAGGCGAGCGAGGACGACGAGAAUGAUUCGGAGGAGAUCAAGAACCUGAAGGCACGCCGCAGGUACUUGAAGAGUCUUCUCAAAGCUGGCUCUAUGGGCACUUCAUCUCCUCGUCGUGCUCGUCUCCCGAGGUCUUCGAGAACAGCUGCAGAUUCAAGGCCAAAGCUUGCCAUCCUCGCCGGAUACACCAACCUCGUCGUCGACACCAACAUCCUCCUCUCAUCCUUGGCCAUGGUCUCAUCACUCGUCGAAAGCCUUUCCUGGACUGUCAUUAUCCCUCUUCCCGUUAUCAUGGAGCUCGACGGCCUCUCGUCGAACGCCUCUCAGCUCGGCGAAGCCGCCCAAGCUGCCAUGUCCUACAUCUCUUCGCACAUCCGCUCGCAUGCCCUCUCGCUCAAGGUGCAAACAUCGAAAGGCAACUACCUGACGACGUUGAGCGUACGCACGGAAGAGAUUGACUUCGAUGGUCAAAAUGCGGAGAAGUGUAUGGACGACCUCAUCCUCAAGGCUGCUAUCUGGCAGGACGAUCACUGGGUCGAUCGCUCUGCCCUCCUUCACGCAGCGCCGGUUUCAGCUGAGGAGACGAAGAACGCAAUUAAGGUUGUUCUUCUCAGUUUGGAUCGAAAUUUGCGCCUGAAAGCACGUUCGAGGCAACUGCCCGCCGCGAGCGAGAAGGAUUUGGCGUCCAUCCUCGCUGCUGCGACAUAA